GCGGAAGAGGUUUCCAUUGCUGUAGUUUGGGAGUGGGAGAUAAGCGAGAGAACCUUUUUAAAAUCAUGCCGAGCACAGUGCAGCGCCUGAAGGUAACUUACAACAACGACAGCGAAAGAAAUGCGUUUACAAAUGGGGACACCGUGACCGGACAAGUCACUUUGGAAGUGACCAAAGAUUGCAAAGCCGACUCGCUUUACGUAAAGUUUAAGGGAAAGGCUGAGGUGUUGUGGACCGAGAGGCACGGCCAAACUACUACCACUUACCACUCUAAGGACAAGUAUUUCAGCAUCACACAUUACUUUAUUCGAGAUGAAUCCGCCACCGUUGACGAUCAAUCACUACUGACCACUCAGCAUGGACAAACCUACGGUAAUUUACUUGCAACAGGAACUCAUGUUUUCCCAUUCACCUUUCAGUUCCCUUUACAGGAAAUGCCAUCCUCCUUCACUGGUUCUGUUGGUAAAAUUGUGUACCUACUGGAAACCAGGCUGAAUAGGUCCAUGAGGAUACGUACAAAAGAUACCAUCAAGAUUCCCUUCGUGACACAAGUAGUCCCCACCAUGUUGCAGGAAAUCAUGACUCCUCAACAUGAUUCUAAGGAUAAAAAAUUGCAUUUGUUGAACUCGGGAACUGUAGCGAUGGAUGUCAAGAUUGAAAAAUCCGGUUUCAUCCAAGGAGAAGGCUUAAAGGUUGUAGCCACCAUUCAGAACAACUCCACUCGUGAGAUCAAACCCAAGUAUUGCAUCUACAGAAAGCACAGCUUCUUUGCAAGGGGAAAGAGGAGGCUUGAUACUAAAGACCUCUUAAAGGACGUGGGAGAGCCCAUUCCUCCAUCAGCCAGCCAAACAGUCGUAAGGGUCAUCACAAUCCCCCAUGAUUUGGAACCUUCCAUCCUCAACUGUAGCAUCCUCAAAGCAGAGUACAGGGUUAGGGUUUAUUUGGAUGUAAAGUACGCUUCAGACCCAGAGAUCAAAUUUCCCAUUCUCAUCCUUGGAGCCUUAACAGCACCCACUGUGGCAGCAAGUUUGCCUUCUACUGAAUCUGAAUUUGGACCAUUUGGAUACCAAAACCCAGCAGCCUGGGGCACGUUUUCACAACCACAAUCUUAUGAUCCCCCUCCUCCUUAUGAAGCUUAUGGAAUGUACCCUUCCUUGAUGGAUAAUGGUGGUAAACCCUGAUAAGUAAUGACAUUCUCAAAAUGAGUGUGCUGCACAGACCACAAUACGCACUACAGCUCCUUAUUGUUUAUCUCAAACGUUAACCUUUGACAUUUUCUGAAAGUGAUAGUCCAGUAAAAAAAAAAAAAGUUUUGUCAUCAAUGUUUGGCGGUGCGUAGGAAAAAAAA